UUGGAAUGCGGUUUCGAUUUGGAUUUUCAGCGGAAAGAAAAAGAGCGAUUCCAUUUCGCGAACUCAUUCCAAAGGGCCAACUAGAGAGAAGUCUCCCCGCCGUCGCUGGGCUUAACUGAGUUUAGGUAAUCGGUUGCCGAAUUGGAUUUUAUUACAGCUCACAGAACGACAAAGAACGGCUCCGACCUCCCGCACACCAACUCUCAAGCCAUGGCUAUAGCCGCCACCAUUUCGCUCUCUGUCUCUCCGACGACUCGCCAUUCCGUCGCCGCCGCUUUCAACCCCUUCCGAUCCUCUUCCUCCACAAGAGUUUCCGUUUCCUUCUCCCCCGCCCUCCGGAUAACCUCUCUCCGAUCAAAUAUCCCAUUUCGAAACCCUAGCUUCCGCGUUUCGGCUACUUCGAUGAGCAUCCAAGCUCCCCAGCAAACAUCCUCGACUUCAUUCCUCGAUCGAAGAGAGAGCGGCGUCCUCCACUUCGUCAAGUACCACGGCCUCGGCAAUGACUUCAUCCUGGUGGACAAUAGGGAUUCUACUGAACCUCGAAUUAGUCCGGAGCAAGCUAAGAAAUUGUGCGACAGGAACUUCGGCAUUGGCGCGGAUGGAGUGAUCUUUGCCCUGCCGGGGACCAAUGACACUGAUUACACCAUGAGGAUCUUUAACUCUGAUGGUAGUGAACCUGAAAUGUGUGGCAAUGGAGUACGGUGCUUCGCCAGGUUCAUUGCUGAGUUGGAGAAUUUACAUGGGAACCACAGCUUUAAAGUACAUACGGGUGCUGGCCUGAUUGUUCCAGAAAUUCAAGGUGAUGGGAAGGUGAGGGUUGAUAUGGGCGAGCCAAUACUGAAAGCAGCUGAUGUACCAACUGGACUUCCAGCAAAUAAACAAGAAGCUGUUGUUAAAUCGGAACUGGACGUGGAUGGAGUAACGUGGAAUGUGACUUGUGUCAGCAUGGGAAACCCUCAUUGUGUGACUUUUGGGACCAUAGAAAACAAGGGGCUAUUGGUUGAUGAGCUAAAUUUGGCUGAAAUCGGCCCUAAAUUUGAGCAUCAUGUUAUGUUUCCUGCACGAACAAAUACAGAGUUUGUCCAAGUUUGCUCCCCUUCGCACCUGAAAAUGCGUGUCUGGGAACGCGGAGCAGGAGCAACACUAGCAUGUGGAACUGGGGCUUGUGCCACAGUGGUGGCUGCAGUUCUUGAAGGUCGUGCUGGAAGGAAAUGCACGGUGGAUUUGCCUGGAGGGCCGCUGGAGAUAGAGUGGAGGGAGGAAGACAACCAUAUUUACAUGACUGGCCCGGCUGAAUCUCAGAAUCAGAGGAGGGUCAAGGGAGCCAAGGACAGGGAGAUCCGAGACCUGAUCCUAGAACUCUACCUCUUAUCUGCCGACGUCCGAACCAACAACUUUCGUGGCCGCCCCUCCCUAACAAAAUCCAAAAGCAACUGGCUCAAAGUUCCUUUCUCCAGAUUCACGGAAGCAACUGAAUCGGAAUCACAGCCUUUCUUGCUACUGAAGUGGAAAGGGAGCGCGCGAGUUCUUCUGAUCGCUUCGCCUGGUAGUACCCAUCGCAACUGUUUCGACUUUGGGGGAGUUGGACGAGGGAGCAAGCGAGAAAAAAAGACGAUGUCGAUGUCGCUCACGCCUGAUCACUUCAGGAAGUCAGGGUUCGGACUCGUACCGUCUCCAGCUCCGUUCCUCACGCCUCGCCCGGAGAGACGCCGGCCGGAAUCCAGGAGUUCCGACCUCAGCUCCAACCGUCAGGACCGAGAUAAAGAGGUUAACGUCCAGGUCCUUCUUAGAUGCAGGCCGCUAAGUGAUGAAGAGCAAAGAGCGAAUGUGCCCAGGGUGAUCUCUUGCAAUGAGCACAGACGAGAAGUCACUGUUCUGCAAAGUGUUGCUAACAAGCAAGUGGAUAGGGUUUUUUCGUUUGACAAGGUUUUUGGGCCUAAAGCGCAGCAGAGAUCGAUUUAUGACCAAGCGAUUGCGCCCAUAGUGAAUGAAGUUCUCGAUGGUUUCAACUGUACUGUAUUUGCUUAUGGCCAGACGGGGACAGGCAAAACGUACACAAUGGAGGGUGGAAUGAGAAAUAAGGGUGGAGAUUUGCCUGCCGAGGCUGGUGUUAUCCCAAGAGCUGUUCGCCAAAUAUUCGAUAUAUUGGAGGCCCAAAAUGCAGAUUACAGCAUGAAAGUGACGUUCCUGGAGCUGUACAAUGAAGAAAUAACUGAUUUGCUGGCUUCAGAAGACAAUUCGAGAUCCAUUGAUGAUAGGCAAAAGAGACCAGUUUCAUUGAUGGAAGAUGGAAAGGGUUGUGUUGUUUUAAGAGGGCUUGAAGAAGAAGUAGUGUACAGUGCAAAUGAUAUAUACACACUCUUAGAACGAGGAGCAGCUAAAAGGCGUACAGCAGACACUUUUUUGAACAAGCACAGCAGUCGGUCCCACUCUGUCUUUUCUAUUACUGUCCACAUAAAAGAAUCAAAUAUUGGGGAAGAAGAGCUCAUUAAAUGUGGCAAGCUUAAUCUGGUUGAUUUGGCUGGAUCAGAAAACAUCUCGCGUUCUGGGGCGAGAGAGGCAAACCAGAAAAUAUCCAAGACUGUUUUGCUCAAAGAUCUGUUUUUAGAGAUUGAUCGAAUGAAAGAAGAUGUUCGAGCAGCGAGGGAAAGAAAUGGUGUGUAUGUUCCACAUGAUAGAUUUGCCCAGGAAGAAGCAGAAAAGAAGGCCAGGGCUCAGAAGAUAGAACAAUUGGAGAUCGAGUUGAACCUCAAUGAGAAGGAAGUUGAUAGGUUCCGUGAGCUCUAUAUGUCUGAGCAAGAAGAAAAACUUGAAGUGACAAGUGAGCUCAAGGAUUGCAAGGUGAAUCUAGAGAAGAGUAACAAGGACCUGUUAGAUCUUCGAGAACAAUAUAGAGUCGCAAUCUCGACAUUAAAGGAAAAAGAGUUUAUCAUCUCUAAGCUUCUGUAUUCAGAAAAUUCUUUAGUUGAAAGGGCAAAGGAGUUGCGGAAUGGCUUGCAAUCUGCUUCAGAAGAUAUUACUUCACUGUUCACAACAUUAGAGUUCGAAGUUGUAGCUGAUGGCACUGGUUUUGGUACCUGCCAGGCAACCAAGGCUUUGGAAUCACGGAUAAGGAAAAUGGCAGAUGCAUAUUCUUCAGGGAUUGAAUCCUUGAAGGAGUUUGCUAAUGCUAUGAAGGAGAACUCUUCUUCUGACCUGGAGCAGUUAAACGCCACAAUCUCAUCUCAAGUGUCUGCUAUUGAACAGUUGUUGGCGGUCACUGUAUCAGAGGCCCAAAGUAGUGUUGAGGAUAUUCAGAAUUCUCUACGUGAACAAGAACAUAUCUUAUAUAUCUCCACUCAACAACAAGAGAAGGGACUAGAAAGAAGCUUGAGACACACUCAAGUGAUAUCAAAAGCAACAAUGGACUUCUUCGAUGACAUCAACGUUCAGGCGUCUAAAGUUAUGAAUGUUCUUGAAGAAAGCCAAACCAAACAAUCUGAUUGGUUAAACAAUUUCCAUCAGACUUUUCAAGAACAGACAGCGAGAGAGGAGAAACAAGCUCUGGAAGAUAUUACAAAAAUACUAGGCAACAUGACUUCUAGAAGAACAGCUCAUGUCAUGGAGGCAUCCAGGAGCAUGCAAGGCAUGAGAACAGAUGAACAUAAGAAAAUGCAACAAGAGAUGAGCUACAUUCAUCAGGCCUCAUCAGAUGCUAAUAAGGAGUUGAGGAGACAUGCGGAAGAAGUGAAGAGAAACUUCAUGGCUCACUCAUUUUCAGUGGCCGAGUCAAGGGUAGUCAUGGAAACCGUCCUCCAAGAAUGUUCGGAUAAGGUGAACCGGUCUAAGGAGCAGUUGGAAAAUGCGCAAUCAAAAGUAAGCGAUCUCAAUCGAAGCAGUGCUCUGGUAGUAGAAGCUGCUGUGAGAGAAAAAAUCAGCAUCAACAACGUUGCACAGCAGCAAUUUCUGUCAGCAUCCUCAGCUGUUGACGAAGAAUUUUGUGGCAGGACAGUUGAUGUUAUGGCAGCAGUGGAAGAUUCCCUGACGAGAGAUCAGGAGAGUACGAAGGAGAUGGAUGCCAUGGCAACGUUGUGCAUGAAUCAGCUGAAGACCAUACAAGAGAAGCACGGCGAAAGCAUAGCAAGCAUCAGGAGCAAAGCAGACAAGUGUCUGACCCAAGAUUAUGAGGUCGACGAGGACACAAGCUCGAGGCCUGAAAGGAGGGUCAUUUCUGUGCCUAGCAUGUCCUCCAUUGAGAAGAUGAGAAUGUCGUUCCCAGCGGCCGCAAAUGGAAGUGUGGAAGAAGAAGAAGAGAAUGUGGGGUACAGAUUGUCGUCAAAAUGGAGCCAUCAUCAUCAUCAUCAGAUGACUGAGAGCAAGAACCCGCAACUGGUUCAUAGUAGUAGAGCUCCUCUUGGUGAUGUCAACUGAGAAGGGGAAGAAAGGUAAAGGGCAGCUGGCAAGAUGUAGAAUUACUUGGAUGUAUGCCUCGCUUAGCUCAUCAACUGAUGAGCUCCUUGAAGAAGCAGGCUUUAGAUAUAUAUAUAUAUAGCUGAAUGACUUGUACUUGAAAUUAUUAAUCACAUUAUUAGUGUUCCCUUGGAUAAAAGGAAGCUUCUUCUUAAGCUUUUGUGGAAGUGAGUUCGGUAUUUUGUUGUGAACUGGAUCACAUGUUUCUACAUGAUUUCUGAGCAAGGCAUGCAGGGGAGAA